AUGUCAUGGCUGCCACACUGCCUGCGGCCCUGGCUGCUUCCGGCACUCGUCUACCCGGCUUCCGGAUGGUCAGGCACCGGCCACCUGCACGUGGCGAUGGUGGCGCAGCAGGUCCUCAGAGACUCGAGCAGGAUGCAGGUGCGAGACCUGCUUCAUGGCGACCUCGUGGAUUUCGCCCACUACGAGCAGAAGCUCCACGCACAGUCCGCGUCUCCCAACAUCGCUUCCUGCCACUUCCACUCGCAGACGCCGGAAUGGCAAUGCGAGGAAGGCAUCGGCAUCAAGGGCCAGGUCCAUUGUGAUGGCUCUGAAAGCAGCUACUUUUCGCUGCUUUGUGCGCUCGCGCACACCUUCGAGAAGUUUGCGCAUGAUGUGCUCCUGGUGGAGUUCCCAAAGACGGACUUCAUCAGGAUGCCAGCAGGCAAGGCGAAGGCGGCCAACUUUUGGGCCGACUUCGCGGCACACCCUGAGAUGAGCGCAUACGCGGACAUGCUAAAGUCGCCCGAAGAUGAGCUCCGGUGGCUGGCGAUCUUUCUUGGCGACAUGCACCAGCCCCUCCACUGGCUUCGUGGCGCGCACGACUAUGGCCGGAAUCUGACCAUCCUUCACGACGGCAAGGAGCACAGCCUCUUCGACUUCUGGGAGGAGGUGUUGCCACUGCAGUUCCAUAUGCACAACUUCCAGGGAGAUGCAGACAGGUUAAAGCGCAGCCAGAAGCUGGAGCCCUUCAACCACCACCCCAACGAUGUUUUUGCGGAUUGGGGCUGCUUGGCUUUCUCAAGGCCCGCAUACGGCAGCAACAGCUAUCUCAUCUUCGAUCUCGCCCUGAGGAGCGACUCGUCCGUUGUCUUGGCUGAGUGCGUUCACAGGGUGGACAAGAUGGCGAUGCCUCACUGGGUGCGGGUGGCGUCAGUGCUUGCUGUCAUUGCAAGAGUCUUGCAGGGCAGCGGACACACGGACUUUGUGCAACCAUCGUUGCCCCCCAGGUUGCCUCUACAUGCGCACGUGAGGCCAAAGCAGAAGAUGGGCAAAGGGAGGAGUGGGGCUCCCAAGAUUUGGCAACACCCGGGGCGCAGCAGUCGCACAGCACGUCGCUUUUGGUGGCUACUUGAGCUGCCAGUGGUCACAGAAGCCACGGCCUUGGUAGUGGAAGCUACAUCCGCGUUUGCUUCAGCAACGGAGGGGUGCCUGGGGCUUGGUGCUCUCAGUGCAGACAUCAUUGGUGGGUUCGCUGAAUGCGGCAUCGCUAGUGAAGUUGCUGCUGGCUUUGAGCUUCCUUCCUUUCUCACGCCUGUAGUCGAGGCUGCAGUUGGAGCCGUUGAGGCAGACUGGUUGGCUGCGAUUGGGGCAAAUGUCUUGGGUCGCGUGGAGACAGGUGCGCUUGCUGAUGCUGCAGUUGCCAAGUUGGAGAGCAGCGGGGCAGGCGCCAUGAUUGCCUUGUCUGAGGAGAAACAGGUGGAAUUCGCCUGUGGGAUCUUGUCCCGAGUUCCACCAGCAAAAGUGGCUGAGUUUCUACAAGCAAUGCUGCUGAAAGUGGCUCAAAACCCAAGCCUCUUGUCCCAGAUGGAAGCAGGUUCACCCAAACUUUUGCUCACCAUUUGUCAAGAGUCGCCUCAAGCACGAGAGGUUUUCCUCAUUCUGCUGCAGAAAGUGGCAACGACAGCAUCGCCUGCGUUGCUGGUGUGGCUUGCAAAACUUGCCGUGGAAGCUAUCCCUGCUGAGCAACUGUUGGCUCCUGUCGUGGGAACUCCAAUCGUCGAAACCUUACUAGCUUCUUUGCCGCCAGAAAACCUGGUCGAACUGGGGAGGUGGCUCGUUACUGAGGCCUCUGAGCCAGUGCUGCGGCAAGUGUGGCCGCUGUUCCUUUCCCAAGCACCUCCUGAGGUUCUAUCCAGCAUCCUCCAAAGCUCACCAGAGGCCUGGGGCGUCUUGACAAAGACUGCAUCUGAGGUAGCCAGGGAGGCUGCGGAGAGUGCCCUACAGAUGCCAGGCCUCGCAGUGAAACUUCCACCAGUGGAUGAGUAUGACCUUCAGAUGCUUGUGGGUUCCGCCUUUUUGACUCUGGAGAAUAGCACAAGAGUGGGGCGCAAUGCCACGGCGCCGAAAGGGCAGAGCAAUGCAGGUGUGAUCAAAGGUGGUGGCAAAGUUGUGGUAGGUCUUCUGGCAAGUCUGGCAUUGAAACAAGCUGCCUUUUGCGUCGGCCUGGGUCAGUUCCCAUUCUUGUGGGUCUUUGGCUUGGGGGCUAGUUCUGUGGCCAGAGAGAUCUACGAGCAAAACCUGUGA